AUGCUGUUCCCCCUGCCCCUGAGGGUGGCCUGCAGUCUGCUGGGCUGGUUCUCCCUCUACAAGUGGUUCUGCCACCGCUACAGGCACCGGAAUUGCGAGUGGAGCUGCAGGCUGGUCACCCUGACCCAUGGCAUCCUGGCCACCUGUCUCUCUGCUUACAUUGGCUUUAUCGAUGGGCCCUGGCCUUUGAGUCACCCAGGAUCACCCAACACGACCCUCCAGGUGCACGGGCUGUGCCUUAGCUUGGGCUACUUCCUCUUCGACCUGUGCUGGUGCGUGUACUUCCAGACGGAGGGUGCCCUGAUGCUGGCCCACCACCUAGUGAGCAUCGUGGGCAUCGCAGCCUCGCUGGCCCUGGGCGAGUCGGCGGCGGACGUCAACGCCGUGAUCUUCGGCAGCGAGAUCACCAACCCCCUGCUGCAGGCCCGCUGGUUCCUCAAGGAGACGGGCUCCUACCACACCCUCACGGGCGACGUGGUGGAUUUCCUCUUCGUGGUCCUGUUCACCGGCGUGCGGAUCGGGAUGGGGGCCUGGCUGAUGUACUGCGAGCUGGCCUCGCCCCGGCCCCGCUGGUACAUCAAGCUGGGGGGGGUCAUCAUGUACGCCGUGUCCUGGGUGUUCAUGCUCAGCAUCUGCCGCUUCGCCAGGAGGAAGAGCAUGAGGAAGUACCAGGCGUGGAGGAGCCGCCGGGGCGGCCUGAAAACCAACGGGCACCUGAAAACCCACUGA